AUGGGAUUUUUCUCAGAUGUUACCUUCCCGGUAAAAGAUGUCAACGGCGGAACAGGACGACUAAUCGGCUUGGUUGGAGAAGUACCUAUCGACUGGCGACCUUGGACAUCCUCAAAUUCGGUCGAUAUUAUCGAACGGGACGGCACCUACCUCAUAUUCAACUACCCGGAACACAACGUGCAACUCGAACUCAAGACCAUGGGCCUCACUGCGGACAACGGACUUAGCGAAAAUCGCGAACGCGCCGGGCCGGAACGUCACCGGUGGCGUGAGAAGCCGCCGCAAGACGCGCCUCACGUGCUCGCCACGCGACUACCGGUCAUGGAGGAAUGCGACUCUCGAUCUUAUCUCUCAGCAACACCGCCACCCCGACGCCCGACGACCGACACCGACACCGACAAUCUUUUGGACGACAUCGCCGCUCCUUCGAACUCGCAACUCGCUCGCGCCCAGUCAAGAGGCAAUUCCACGGACCUCGAUUACGACGAAUGCCAACGCGUUCAGGCGUGUAUUGACGCGGCCAUCCGGUCGGGUCAAGGAGAUCCUUAUCAUGCCCGCCUCUUCACUCGACCACUGCGCGGCGGGGAAUGGACGCCCCUCGAAGACUCGAUCGCCCAUCUCCCAACGGGGAUGCGCAGGUUACUCGGUACGUACGGCACCUUCGAAGUAACGCUCACCACCUCAGACAAUAGGCGGACGCGCGUCCUCGUCACCUUGGCGCACCCUCGAACGGCUCCCGAACACACGCCCUCGCCGGAUUUGGCCCGACUCCAUCAAGAACCCACCGAUAUGGAUCACCGGCACGACCUCGACUCGCCUCACGAAGCCUCAUUCGGCAGGAUCGACUCACGCAAACGUCUUCAAGCACCCGGCCCAUCCGACAACAGCAAUCCUCUCCAUCUUUCGUCUUCCCCUCUCGACCUCCCCCAUGCUCACCGCGGCAGAAUCGUCGAACUCGACGAUGCCGGUGAGUACAUCGGCAGCACGCAAACGUUAUCCAACUCAAACAUCUCUAGGCACCCGGCGCGUCCAUUGCUCCAUAGGACAAUAGCUGGCCGAUCGCCGCCAGCGGACGCCUCGAUUCUCGAACCGACGGUCUCUACCUCCACCAGCGACACCGGCGAGCCCCCACCAGUCGAAGCCUACCAUGAACACAUCCCCGACUCGCGAACCGAAGAGACGCCCGCUACGCCUAGGUCUCGGCUUAGCGAGCGCGGACGAUCAUCGCCGGUACGUACCGUUGCAGAAUCUUCGAGGACAUCGGUGAUUUACGAUGUCUCCUUGAAGAUUCAGUCGUUAGGUACGUGCCGGGCGAAAAUACGGAGCCGCUCGCAGCGAGACCGAUGGGUAGAAACCCCGAACCUCGUACGCUCGACUCAAGACCCCGGACGACUCAUCGAACACCUCAACGCAGCCGCCCUGUUUCGAGAAGAGAUACACCCGCCCGACGGAUCGAACGCGGUACUAUACAUCAUCAUCGCGCCCUCUCCCUACGCUAACGAACACGAUGACUCUUCAGCCGACGGUAGCGGAACAAAUACACCGAAUCGGCGACAGGACGUACCUCCCGAAGAUCCCCGCAGAUGGCCGCCGUCCUUUCGACGCUCCGACCAGAUGCCGCACUCCCCUUGCGAGCGGGACACGGGGUUACCACCAGACGGACCUAGCGAGGAUAUUAGAAGCACGGAGGACGCGAUAACGAGGUAUACCCGGUACCUCAUAUCACGUACUCCGCAGGCUAAUCCGAGCGAUGUUCCUUUCCUGCAGCACGUUCGGUACCGCUCUGCCGAGAUUGGAAGCUGUCUGUUCGCGACGCGACCAAAUAGGGACGAGGCGUCGACAUCGCGAAACCUCGCGCACCACCCAGACAAUACCGCGGACGACUCCCGAAGGCAAGAUACCCACUUCGACUCCCAAACCAGGGCGCUGCGCAGGACGAUCGGUGAGUUCGCUCCAUGCCAUCUGAACCAGUCGGCGCGAGGCAAGGCUUACCCAGACGCAAUCCAGGCAUACUCCGACUUUCGACGAGAAAGGACGGCCCCACUCGAAGGCAAGGCUAUGGAACCGCCGCUCGUCAAACCCGCUAUGCAAUCCAACAGUCUUCUUCGGCAACCCAUACGACUCUCGCACGGAACCAUCGGUCCAGGCUCUCGCAAUGAGCAUAAAAGCUCAGGUGCGUGUCUGGACACCCAAGUCACCAGAAACACUCGCUUACCCUUCGCUAGUCUAUCAAACUGCACGCCUCACUCGAAUCCGCCCCCUAUGUCUCAUGCGCAACCCAAGAUUUCGACGACGAACCUCACGCUCGAUGCGUACCCGUCUCCGCCUCAAGAAACGACUUCUCCACUGGAUUCUUCGCCCUCGACGACUCUCUCGCAACGGCCCACACCCGGAUUCGACGCGACAGUCAACGGACCGCUCAAUAUAGGACUCAAGGACGAUAUGAUGUACGCUACUCGUACCCCCCUCUCUGACGCUGAACUUACAGAAAUUCUUCGGUUCGGCAGAGAGGAGGGCGGCUGGACUCGCCUUCCGGACCCGAUUUCCCCUUCGCCGGCGAAGAUCUAUGCUCCGCAGCCCCGCCCUGCUACGAACCCCGACACCUCGUCGAACACGCUACACGCAAGCUCUAUUCAAUUCCCGAGCACACCGCACCCACUCACCGGACGCGUCCUCGACGACGAAGACUAUUGGCCCAUCGUCACGGAGGCCGAAGGAAUAGGCGAAGAUGUCGACUUCCCUGGGUACUACCGGGCAGCCGGUUGCCUCAUCCCUCUCGGCGACCCUCUAUUCAGCGAGAAUCGGUUCAAAGCCCCGAUCCGUGCCGAAUCGCCCCCAUUCUACCCAAACUCGAUCCAUCUCCUGAUGGCCUCCGACCGCUC